CUAAGCAAAUUGGAAAAGCUCAGGACAUUAUAGACAGCCCCAACAGAUCCACUGUCGGUGGAUGUCCUAGAAGUACAUAUUCCUGUGACGCAGGUGACAAAUGUCUACUUCUGAGUUCAUUGUGUGACGGCAUGAAUGAUUGUCAAGAUGGCACAGAUGAGAAAAAUUGCCCUCUCAAUACUGUCUGUGAGUCUAACAAGCUCUCCUGUGACGAAGGUGCGAAAUGCUUACCGCUGACCUGGGUGUGUGACAACAUAAAUGACUGCAAUGACAACAAAGAUGAGCACAACUGCCCUAAUCGGAGGACUGACGAAUCCAUGGCCCAUGCUGCAGAAGAGGCGGCAAUAACCGCUGCCCAGGAAGCCAAACAUGCCGCAGCUGCAGCUCAAGAACUAAUGUUACAAGCCAGAAAAGCCGCUGAAAAAGCCAGCCGCGCAAUGAAAAUUGCCGAAGCGUACAAGGGAAAGAAAGUAACGAAGUCUUCUCAUUUGAGAGAUAAUGUGAAUAAAAUAAUGAACUUGCUUUUAGCCUUUGUGAACUGGACAAAGCGAUGUCCUAGAAGUACAUAUUCCUGUGACGCAGGUGACAAAUGUCUACUUCUGAGUUCAUUGUGUGACGGCAUGAAUGAUUGUCAAGAUGGCACAGAUGAGAAAAAUUGCCCUCUCAAUACUGUCUGUGAGUCUAACAAGCUCUCCUGUGACGAAGGUGCGAAAUGCUUACCGCUGACCUGGGUGUGUGACAACAUAAAUGACUGCAAUGACAACAAAGAUGAGCACAACUGCCCUAAUCGGAGGACUGACGAAUCCAUGGCCCAUGCUGCAGAAGAGGCGGCAAUAACCGCUGCCCAGGAAGCCAAACAUGCCGCAGCUGCAGCUCAAGAACUAAUGUUACAAGCCAGAAAAGCCGCUGAAAAAGCCAGCCGCGCAAUGAAAAUUGCCGAAGCGUACAAGGGAAAGAAAGUGUAACAAGAUAUAAUAACAUCAAAUGUUCUCUACUUUUUUAACUGGCUUAGCACCAAUGCACUUGCCUCAUUUACAUGUAAAAUAGAACGAAGUCUUCUCAUUUGAGAGAUAAUGUGAAUAAAAUAAUGAACUUGCUUUUAGCCUUUGUGA